UAUUUUACAUCAACAACGUAGACAAAUAGCCUUAUCCUCUAUUUUCUUUCUUUCGUUCUUUGUAUGUGUCAGUUUUGUGUUCCAAUUCCAAAGUUGGCAAUGGCUUCCACAGUCCUCCAGGCUCUCUCCCAUCCAAACUCUCACGCUCUAAACCAUCUCUUCCAAACCCAAAUCCCAAAAACCUUUACAAACCCAUCUCAGUUUCAUAUCCAUAACCCUCUCCGAACCCACUUCUUCAUCAAAUGUACCAAUAGUUCUGCUUCAAACCCCACCCCACAGCCCGACUUCCCAACUCCAAAUUCAGAAACCACCACCAGUUCAGAAAGUUUCCCAAUUGAAAAGAGAAGAAAAUCUGAAAUAGUCAGGGACAGGAAAUCAAAAUCUGGUCUUGUAAAGCCUGAGCCACCAAACUUUGAGAUUGGUUGGAAGAGAACCAAACAGAUUCAGCUUGAGAAGCCAAAAGGGUUUGUGAUAGCUGAUUUCUUGGAGAAGUUGGAGGUUCUAAUGGGGAGGGAGUUUGGUUCCAAAGAGCUGUUGGCAAAGGCUGGUGAGAUUGUUGCAGAGAGAGCAAGAGAGGAAGCAGAAGUGCUUAGAGAUGAAGGAGAGGUGGAAGACAGACUGAUAACUGAGCUUUUUAGGGUUUUGAGAUUGAUGGAGAUGGACUUGGCUAUGGUAAAAGCUGCAGCCAAGGAAGAGACAUUGAGUGAGAGGCUUGAGCAGGCCAAGGCAAGAUGCAGGCAAACCAUACUUGUUGCUUUGUCUUUUUGAAUGUUAAUAAUAUGAUUAUAAAGCAAUGUGAUACUACUAACAGAGGUGAUCAAGUAAUGAGAAAUUUGAACAAUUUUUUAGUAUAA